AUGUCGUGGUUGUUCGGAUACAAAAGUCAAGUUCCUCCACAGGGAGCCGGUGAUGGGGGUCCCGAGCCACCGGGCCCACCGCCCUCGGCUGCCGGUGCCGGCCAGAUUGCAGGCGACGCCAAUCUGACCAAGGCGGAACGGAAAGCCAUGGAGGCGUACCGGUUCGAUUCAUCGGCACUGGAACGGGCUGCCGAAGCCGCACGCACCCUGGAGCGGUCGAAGCACGCACGGGAAGCGCUGGAUCUGUCGAAAAUGCAGGAAAGCACACGACAGCAGGAAUAUAUGGCGAAAGUGAAAGAGUACGAAGCCCACAUAGAAUCCUCGAAGGUUGAACAGAAGCGAGUGGACCAUGAGGAGCGCAGGAAGACGUUGGCCGAAGAAACGAAGCAACAACAGCAGCGGGCCCAAUACCAAGACCAGCUGGCCAGAAAACGGUACGAGGAGCAGCUUUCCCAGCAGCAGCGCGUGCAAGAGGAAAAUCUUCGCAAGCAGGAAGAAAGCGUGGCCAAACAGGAGGCAAUGCGACGCAAGACGAUCGAGCACGAAAUGGAAUUGCGCGAAAAGAACAAAAUGAAGCUGCUGGAAGCCGAAUUGCGAGCGAAAGCAAAAGUAGACCGAGAGAACCGUGACCUCACGUUGGAGCAAAUUCGCCUGAAGGCGGAAGAAAACCGUAUCACGGUUAUGGAAGGCAUCAAAACCGCCGGAUCCGUCCUGGGGCAAGGUGCCACGGCAUUAUUGACCGACUGGAACAAGGUGGUGACUACCGUCGGUGGAUUGUCGCUGCUGGCGCUGGGUGUGUACACGGCCAAGGGCGCAACGGGGGUGUCCGCCCGUUACAUCGAGGCUCGAAUAGGCAAACCCUCCCUUGUGAACGAAACGUCGCGAUUCUCGCUGCUCGAGGCGCUCAAGCAUCCGUUCGAAACGCUAAAACGUCUAAAGAACAAACCAACCGACGCCCUGCAAGGGGUGGUUCUGCAACCGAAGCUAGAGGAACGCCUGCGGGAUAUCGCGAUCGCUACGAAGAACACCAAAAACAACCAGGGUCUGUACCGGAACAUCCUGAUGCACGGUCCUCCCGGUACUGGUAAAACCAUGUUUGCCAAGCGGCUUGCCACACACUCCGGCAUGGACUACGCGAUAAUGACCGGUGGUGACGUUGGGCCGAUGGGUCGCGAUGCUGUAACGGCCAUUCACAAGGUGUUCGAUUGGGCCAACACCAGCAGGCGGGGCUUGUUGCUAUUUAUCGACGAAGCCGAUGCUUUCCUGCGCAAACGGUCUUCGGAACAGAUCUCCGAAGACAUGCGAUCAGCGUUGAACGCGUUUCUCUACAGGACGGGCGAACAGAACCCUCGGUUCAUGCUGGUACUGGCCUCGAACACCCCGGAACAGUUUGAUUACGCCAUCAACGAUCGGUUGGACGAGAUGGUGGAAUUCACCCUGCCUGGCCUGGACGAACGGGAACGUUUGAUUCGUUUGUACUUCGAUAAGUUCGUCCUGCAGCCCGCUGCUGAGGGUAAAAAACGCUUCAAGGUGGAACAGUGGGAUUACAGUGCGGUGUGCAGUAAAAUGGCCAACAUGUGCGAGGGCAUGUCGGGACGUGAAAUUUCAAAGCUAGGUGUGUCCUGGCAGGCGGCAUGCUACGCGUCGGAGGAGGGUGUCCUCACCGAGCAGAUGGUGCUGGAUCGAUGUGAGGCCGCCGCCAGGCAACAUCGGCAAAAGAUGGCUUGGCUUUCGGAGCAGGAAAAGCUCGACCACAAAUCCAUCACCGGUGGAAAAGGAUUCCUUACGCAGUAGUACUAGCAGCACUUUUCCAUCGUUCAUCAUCGAUCGUACCCGUACGAGAACGACAAAACAAAUCGAUCACAGAUCAUCAGAUGAAGGUGUACGGUGCCGGGGUUCAUUCCCAAUCCAAUCGUGUUCGACUGCACGGAAGCAAUUGCGAGUUUUCCCAUGGGAUGCUGCCAUUUAGCAUGGGUUGCAAUUGAUUGCGUCUAUCGGGCACGCUGGAAAGAACCGCCACCGAGUGGACCUUUCACUGCGGGAGUACCAUACUAUCGUGGGAGAUUUAUAUUAAACUUCCCACGGGGAAUGGCUCGUGAGCACAGUUCGGCAGAAUGCAUUUAGAAUGAACAGCUUCUGGUACAUGGCCUGCCACUUUCAACACAGGAUGUUGA